AUGUCGCACGAACCCCAGUCCCCCUCUAUUGUAAACGCUGGAGCCGUCUGUCAUCGCCUGCCUCUUUGUUCACUCCUGCUCCUCAUCUGUGGAGGGACAACUGGGGGGCGAGCCGAGCACCUUGCGCGUUGCGUCUUCGUGCGUCUCUUCCCAUUCGCCACAUUUGGAGCGAGUCCGGAGAAGGAUGAACGCGGCCGCUGCGUGAAGAGGAGGAGACGAAGCGAGGGGAAAAGCAGGGGUAAAGACUCCUCGUGGCAUCAAAGGUCCAGGAUGUGGCGGUCAGGUCCCACUGUCCUUGUGUCUCUGCUGCUGAUCUGCUUUGACUCUGGGGCACUGUCCACUGUGGUGAACAUGCGGAGGGUCACUCAUCCCACAGUAACGCAGCCGUUGGCAGGAACAGCUGUUUUGCCUUGCGAGCUCACACUGCACAGCUCCAGCAGCGAAACGCCCCACCUGGUCUGGACUCGAGUCCGGCUCCCAGCAGGUGGUCAGGGCCCCCCUCUGGAGCAGACCGUUCUCUCAGCUAAGGGUGAUGUCAUAAAGGUGAACAGGGCUUUCAGCGGACGUGUCAGUCUACCGGGAUACUCUGCCAAUCCCAUGAAUGCUACCAUGGAGAUCUCCGGUCUACGCACUAACGACUCAGGCACUUUCCACUGUCAGGUUGUCAAGGGAGACGCCUAUGAGAGAGACAACGUUCCUCUGGUGGUCUCCGGUGUGCUGCUCCACUACCAGGCCCCCGGUACACGGUACGCCUUUUCCUUUCUGGAGGCGCAGCAGGCGUGUGUGGAGAACUCUGCUCGUAUCGCCACCGCCGCUCAGCUGUGGGCGGCGUAUCAUGACGGCUUCUCCAGCUGCGCGGCCGGCUGGUUGGAGGAUCAGACUGUGCGUUACUCCGUCCAGUCACCGGAGCUUGGUUGCUAUGGACACAAGGAGUACUCUGCUGGAGUGAGGAAUUAUGGGAAAAGGGAUCCAAAAGAGCUGUUUGAUGUAUAUUGUUUUGCAGAAGAAUUUGAUGGUGAGGUGUUCCACUCAUCUGUCCCGGGUCGACUGUCCUUGUCCUCGGCCUCUGACCGCUGCGUGUCACUGGGGGGGCAGUUGGCCACAGUGGGGCAGUUGUACCUGGCGUGGAGAGCAGGCCUGGACAGCUGUGCGCCUGGCUGGCUCUCUGAUGGCAGUGUACGAUACCCAGUCAGCUGGCCCCGGCCCAACUGUGGAGGCAACCAGCCCGGAGUACACACUGUGGCUCCCAACAGCACCGCGGACAACAGCACCGCACUCUACGAUGCAUACUGCUACAGAGGUAAAGUGAAGAAUUCGCCGUCCAUUUCGCAGAUCUACUCGUCUCUGUGGAAGCCCUGGAGCUACCUCUCAGGCGCCACCGGGGCUGGGACUCCUGGCCCUGCUGUGACCAGGCAGCGAUUUGGCACGAGUCCAGGCGGCAGUGACAUUUCAGCCUCCAACUGGACAGGGCUGGUGGAAAUCGAAGAUGAGGCCGCACACAAUGGUUCAGAUGCAUCCUUAGAUCCCUGGUCUGAAGAUUCGUCAGAGUCCUUUGUUAGCCUCAGAAUGAUCCCUGGACAGUCUACUUUAGAUUGGGGGGAACUGCUGGAGCCUGGGCCUGAGUCAGAGGAAUUCCUUAGACCCCCCGUGGAGCCCACUCCUGCAGAGAAAAAGGUGAUGUCUAAAAUAGUGAACUCCAUGUGGAAGCCGUGGAAUUAUCUGUUAGGAGGAGAAGAAGAGGGAGAAGAUGAAAGGACAGAAGUGACCAAAGAACCAGAAGAAGAGAAGGAGAGGAAAGAGAUGGAGGAUCUGUUGAAGGUUCCCACAACAUCACCUGGUCUGUUUUCUUGGGGCAGUUGGUUUGGUGGCCAGUCAAAAGACAACCUUACAACACCUGUCGAAGAAGCACCCACUCAUGUUUCCACCUCUGCUGAACCUGCAUCUCCAAGCGAACAGCCAGAGCAUACAACCACCCACACCUCCACCACGGGCGGCCCAGAUUGGCUCAGCACCUCCUGGACACAAGGAGACACCACCACCCUUCCCACCAGCACCAGAAGGGACGAGACCACCAGGCACGGGAGGGGCCGAGGCAGGGGCAAGAAGCACAGGGGCGAGGAUAGGCCUAAAGUAGAGGAGGAAGGAAGCGGAGAAACUGCAGGGGCCGAAGCCAAAGGCGAAAUCCAAAUGUCACGUCGACCAUCCGGGACCAGCAAACCCCGGGAGAGGUCCAGAGAACGGAACAGGGAGCGAGGCCACCGACGGGGUCAUUCUGGUAAAAACACAGCGGCCACCACUACCAGCAGCCCGUCAGAGCCCACCAAUUGGUCAGAAAGCAAACACUCGACAACAUUCGAGACCAGCAAUCCCUCCAAAACCAUGUCCAGCACCACAACAGAAACGAGCUCUCAAGACGUCUCGUGGAGUACAAAUGGACAAUCGGAGUCGGCAUCGUUACCAUCAUCCACAUUGCAAACUCAGACAUUUGAACUAGAACACAGCUCUUUCUCCUCUCCAUCUGCCCCUUCCUCGGACUCCAUGAAGUUUCUUGACUGGGUCCAAGUCACUCCCGUGGAUCAAAAUGGCUCUCAGGAGAAUCCGCCCUCAGUGCAGCCCAGCCCACGUAAUGACGAAGAGCCCGCCUGGUCCCACACAGUUGGAUCUGGUGCCCUGUUACCUGGCAACAUGGAAGAGGAGAGUCGCAGAGGAUCGGACAACAUCAGUGCCAUUACGCUGAGUCCAAUGACAUUGGGUGCUGAGGUGGAGCCCUGCGUGACAGACCCGUGUCUCCAUGGGGGAAAGUGCCUUCCUCAGGGGACCGGCUACAGCUGCUACUGCCCACAAGGAUUCACUGGAGAAAACUGUGAGAUCGAUGUUGAUGACUGUCAGUCUGAGCCGUGUGAAAACGGAGGCACUUGCGUCGACAAGAUUGAUUCAUUCGCCUGCCUCUGUCUGCCCAGUUAUGGAGGAGACACGUGUGAAAAAGACAUUGAAGGCUGCGAGCACGGCUGGAGGAAGUUCCACGGUCACUGCUACAGAUACUUCAGUCACCGACACACAUGGGAGGAUGCAGAGAAAGACUGCAGAGAGCACAGUGCGCAUCUCUCCAGCAUCAUAUCUGCCACUGAGCAAGACUUCAUCAAUGGUCUGGGUCAUGACAAUGCCUGGAUCGGUCUAAAUGAUCGCACAGUUGAAGAAGAUUUCCAGUGGACUGACCCCAACGAUUUGGUGUACGAGAACUGGAGGGAGAGUCAACCAGACAAUUUCUUUGCGGGAGGAGAGGACUGUGUAGUGACCAUUGCCCAUGAGGACGGAAAGUGGAACGAUGUGCCCUGCAACUAUAACCUGCCCUACAUCUGCAAGAAAGGCACAGUUCUGUGUGGAACCCCUCCUGCAGUGGAGCAUGCGCACUUAGUCGGCCGGAGGAAAUCCCACUAUGACAUCCAUGCAGUAGUGCGCUACCAGUGCGCCGAGGGCUUCUUCCAGCGCCACAUCCCCACUGCACGCUGUCGGGCCGACGGCACCUGGGAGAGGCCCAGGAUCAUCUGUGGGAAAUCCCGCCGCUCACACCGGUACCGGCGUCACCAUCACAACCAGCGCCACGAGCACCGCGGCCACAGGAGACACGGCUACUGA